AAGAAAGAUUAGAUUAUCGUUGCUCUGCACUGCAUCAAUUAUUUGAUUGAUCUUCAAAAGCUGGAUCACGGUAUGCAGUAAUCUUCUCAGAUCUGAUAUCAUUAUCACCAUACAGAGUACAAAAAUGGAAGGACAGGCUUCAGUAAAAGAAUUACUGCGAGUUAAGGAAGCGCCACCAGACAUGUGUGAUAAUAAAACUCAAGAAACCUCCAUUAACAGCACUAUGGGUUUCAAUUUUCUCAGUUUGAGCCUGAAUAUCUCAGAAAAAAUCCACCCGAAUCAAGAGCAGCCGUUUACUCAAGCAGGUUUGCUGAGAAUUAAGCUAGAGGAAGCAAAGAAAGAAAAUCAGAAUUUAAGAGCUAUGCUAAACCAGAUUACUGAACACUACACUUCUCUUCAGAAUCACCUUCUUUUAACUAUGCAGAAGCAGCAUCAGCAGCAAUCAUCACCGCCUCCAAAAUUUCAGGAUUUUCUGAAGCAGAAUAGGGCAGAUCAUGUUAUAGUGAUGGAGAAACCAGCUUUGUCACUUGAGGGUGAUCCUGGUAUGAGUAGCCAAGUAAGACUGGAAGGGUCUAAAAGAAUAACAGAUCAAGCAUUUGAGCCAUCUUGCAGGAAGGCUAGAGUUUCCAUACGGGCACGUUCAGAUUUUUCUCUGAUAGGUGAUGGGUGUCAGUGGAGAAAGUAUGGACAAAAGACAGCUAAGAAUAACCCUUGUCCCCGAGCUUAUUACCGUUGCAGCAUGGGAAAUGCAUGCCCAGUUCGUAAACAGGUGCAAAGGUGUGUUAAGGAUAAUAAUGUGUUCAUUACAACUUAUGAAGGGAGCCAUAAUCAUCCACUCCCUGCAGCAGCCAGACCUAUGGCAAGCCUAACAUCAGCAGCACUGAGCAUGUUACUUACGGGCUCAACCACUAGUUCUGCACAUAAUAACAGCACUGUCCUAAAUUCAGGCCUCUUCUCUUCAUUAUCUGCUCCUGCCUCUAGUGGCUUGGUUUCCUUCUCUACAUCAUCAUCAUGUCCUACAAUAACAUUGGACUUGACUGCCCCCUCUAAAAAUAACUCUUUGAACUUCCAGAGGCCUGCCUCAUCACUAAACCAGUGCCAACCAUUCCCUUUCUCAUUGCAUGGCUCAGCUCAACAAACCGAGCAACUGAAUUUGUUUGCCAAGUCUCGGACCACAAUGGCAUCUGAGAGAAAUCCUUACUUGGAGAAUUUAGUUGGUGCAGCUAUGGCUAAAGAUCCUUCUUUCAAAGCAACAUUUGUUACAGCAAUAUCUUCAAUCACCGAAGCAACUCAGAAACUUCAUAAUCACAAUGAACCAAGUGGGAGUGGGCAUGACCAUUCUUCUUAGAUGCUCUCACCGUUGCAUCAGCGCUUCACCACUGGAUUGAUUUAGAGUCAACCCUUGUAGAAAAGGAAUUAAUCAACUCAAAAGCAUGUGUGGCUUGCAUGCAUCAGCGCUACACGCAAGAUAUGUAAUGGGAGUUUAGUUUUACAAUAGGUUUUAAGUUUUCUUAUUCAUGGUAGCACAGCUUUUUGUACCAUCUGUAAUAAGAACUAUAGAGCAAACCUUAGAUUCUACACUUCGUGAACAUGCUGUAUACAAAAGUUCUUGAUAGCAAAGGUUUUCAAAUUUUCACUGCAAUAGAUUGAAUUUUGCUCCUG